AUGGAGGAGCUAGAUCGAGGCAAGUCACACCGGGCGCCAGUCGGGGUAAAGGUCUCAUACGAGAGAGAAGUAGAAGCUAUCCACGCAGAGAGAGCCGUUCAUGGAGUGGGAAAACGACCAAGGCAUGAAUACCUUGUUCAGUGGAAGGGACUUCCAGAGAGUGAGGGAAGUUGGGAACCUUCCGAAGCCUUGUGGCAAUUCCGAGAUAAGAUUGACCAGUUUCACUCUAGUUCGCGCAACGAGGGCGUCGCUAGAACUAGUGGGGGAGAAUGUCACAGACCGCCAGCCCAAGACCGAGCCCAGUUCGUUCAAGGCUGCCAGAGACUACCUUUGCCACGUUUUGGGCCUUCUAGAAGACCCAGCAGAGCUGGCCCAUCCACCUUGGAGAGAGAAGAGGCAUGA